UCUCCUCCCAUCUCUCUCCCAUCUCCGCCUAUCUCCCAAUCCACAGACGACCAAUUCUCCCCCGCAUCUCCCGCUCCUCCCUCCUCCUCCUCCUCCUCCUCCUCCCCCCUUCCCCGCAAUCUCAUGAAACCACCUCUCCCUCCAAUCUCCAUUCCACCGCCGAAUUACGCGAAGAAGCAGAGAAACAGAGCGCAUCCCAAUCCCCCCAUUUCGUCCCCUCAUUCCCCCUCCCCUAAACUAAACAUGGGCCCCUUAACUUCCCCCUCUUCCUCCGCCUGCGCGGCCUGCAAAUAUCAGCGCCGCAAAUGCUCACCUGACUGCACACUCGCCCCCUUCUUCCCCGCCGAGAAACAUCUCCAGUUCAUCAACGCCCAUCGCCUCUUCGGCGUCUCCAACAUACUCAAAAUACUCAAAUCCGUCGACGAAAGCCACCGCCAGGAAGCCAUGAACUCCAUCAUUUUUCAGUCCAAUAUUCGCGCGCAAGACCCCUCCGGCGGCUGCUACCGCAUUAUCCUCAAUCUACAACGCCAGAUUGAAGCGACUUACACCCAGUUACAACACGUACUCAACCAAGUCGCGUUUUUGCGAUCUCAAUUCAACCCCGCCGCAGACGGCGCGGCGGACAUUGAUGCCAUCUAUGGUCUGCAACAGCCACAGCAGCAUUGUAAUAAUUUCUGCUUUGCUUACGAUGUGCCGAAGGACCUGCAGGGCGCUCAUGAACACGGUAUCAACGGUCAUGACAAUGUUAAUCCGAUUGAUAUUGGAAAUGAGGAGCUGCGGCAGCAAGUGUUGUUCGGAAUUCAGGGGAAGGAGGGGAGAGAGGAAGGAGUGGAUGUGCGGUCGCUUGCUGAUAUGUAUGGAAUGCAGCAUGGAUUUGGUAUUUGUAAGGAACAGGAGGACGCUGCACAGAAUAUUAGCAUUGGGUCUACGAUCACUGGGCUGUGCAGCUCCAUGGCCGAAGCGAAAGCUGAUGCUAAUAUUAUAGACGAAGUGCAGGAGCAUGAUCUGAGAAGUGCUGCUUCCUUCUUCAGUCUGAAUAAUUGUGACACUCAGGCUAUCUAACCAUUGAUGCUAUCUCUGAUGGUUUUUGCUUAUCAUCCAUGAACAGUACAGGAAUUAAUUCCCAUUCAUGCUUCCUGUUUAAGAAAAGGCAUCUUUUUUUCUUAGUUAUAGAGAUUUAGGUUGCAGUAAUAACAUGAGAGACGAAUUGAAUCAUUUAGGUUUUUUCUUUCUUUUUUUCUCUUUUUAUGUUUAGUCAGGACUUGAUCUUAAGCUAGCUAAAUAUUGAACUGGUUCCAUUUU